AUGCUGAGGUCUGUCAAAAAAACAUUACCUAGAAAUGAACAAGCAGAUGAGACAACCUACUUAGCAAAUUUAGCAGUACAGAGAAAUGCCAGUGCCUUCUUUGACAAAUUUGACCGAAGUGAGUUACAGGAAUUACUUACCACUACCUCUUGUAGCUGGCUGGCUUCUAAAGAUGAGCUACGCCAGCCAUUAGAACUUCCCAGUGGACUUAUGGGUCAGCUAAAAAACAUAAGUUUCCCGACUGCAAUUUUCCUAGCACCAGUGGUGCCAGAUGUACCUUUGGACUGUAAAGAAGUUCAUCAGAUUGUGAGAGAAUUGGCUGUAGGAAUUUACUGUUUAAACCAAAUUCCUUCCAUCAGCUUAGAUUCCAAUUACGAUCACAGCACAUCUUGUCAGCUUCCUCCAGCUUACAUUGACACCAGAAUUGGACAAAUCUUGAUCAGCGUUGACUACAUGUUAAAAGCACUGUGGCAUGGUGUGUAUAUGCCCAAAGAAAAACGUGUCAGGUUCUCUGAAUUGUGGCGCUCCAGUAUGGAUAUUGAUAUGGAUGGGAAUCCACAAACAGAAAAAAAUAUUUUUUCAGAGUUUUGUUCAGCAGGUCUAGUUGAUCUUUCCAAUGAACCAGAUUUUGAGGGAAUCUAUGAUGAAAACAUGAAUGAAGAUCCAACUUAUGACCCUAACAGUGCACAAGAAAAAAAUCUCUUUAUGCAGUAUGCAGACAAUAUACUACUUAAGUUGACAUUUGGUACUACACAAGUUCAGCAACAUGAAAAUGUGUGUAAAUUUGAUGCAGCAUAUGGGCUUUCUAAUGUGAUAAAAUUGACUGAGGAUCACCUUGACACAGUAACAUACCAAAGGGUGCAGCAGAGGCUAAUUCUUCAGCAAAAACUUGUGAAGAAGCACUUAGAGAAAAAAGCAGAAAUCCGUAAGGAUAUUGAAUAUCUAAAAAUAAUGAGCUUUCUGAUUCCAUUUUUACUUGGCUUAAAAAGAAAGAUGAAAAUUCCAAAUUUAAAUCAACUUCUUCAACCAUAUUCAGAUGAUAAAGUUAAGACUGAACGAGAAUUGCCUCCAUUUGUGUUUGGGCCAGAUUUUAAAUGCCAACAUUUUCAUUACAUAAAGAAUGAGUAUUUUCAUGUCCAUGGAGGAAUUGAAUUUGAUGUUGGUACACCUUCUCUUGAGGAUGUUUCAGAAAAGAUAAAGGCCGUCUUUGAUGACAUACAGAUUUGUGCAUCAAACCAUGUAGCCCAGUUGUUAGACCCGGAUAUAGCAUACAGAGAACAUUACUCCAUACCAACCAUGGAAUUUGAUGGAAAGAGCUACUAUGUGAUCUCCAUUGAAUUGGAAACUUUUUAUCAGCAGCUAUAUAAAACCCCAUGGUGGGGAGCCAUAAAUGAAAUAAUAAGCACUCUCAAGCCUAAAAGGCUUCCAUUAACUGAUAUCCAGUCACUGGAGCAAUUCAAGAAAAGAUUUGGUUAUAAGAAAGCUAUUAAAUGCAAGAGUUUACCUUAUGGUAUGAAGUCUGCUGCUGAGAGAGGACUAUCUGCUAUCUUCUAUACUUUUUGUCGUAAAACAUCUACUUCCAGUCUCAGUGUUGUAGAUGAAUAUGGUUAUGCUCUUCUCCAUCAUGCUUCCAUACACAACCGUGUGCCAAUUAUCUGUCAGCUGAUUAAAUCUCAUUUGAAUAUCAAUCAGAGGCGCAAUGUUCACUUUAACCUGGGAAGACGUUCACAGAAGAGUGAGACUAAGGGGGACAGAGCUGGAAAACCAAAUUUGCAAGAAAAGGAGACCUCUGGGGAAAGAACUGCUUUAGGCCCUACUGCUUUACACCUGGCAGCUCAGUGUGGAUCCAUUGAAGCACUUACUUGUCUUCUGGCCCUUAAGGCAGAUUAUAAAUUAACGGAUGAUCGAGGCUGGAUGGCUAUACAUUUUGCUGCAUUCUAUGACAACAUUUCCUGUAUCACGGUUCUCUAUAGAAAAGACCCAGAUCUACUAGAGGCUGAAACAACAGCUGAAUAUCAUUCUACUCCACUAUUGCUUGCAGCCACAUCUGGAGCAUUAGACACUCUUCAAUAUUUGUUUUCUCUUGGUGCCAACUGGAAGAAAACUGACAGUGAAGGAAACAAUAUAAUUCAUUUAGCAGUGCUGUACUUUCACACAGAAAUUCUCAAGCAUCUAAUACAGCUAGAUAAUCCAGAUCUUCCAGUUUGGAAUACUCUUGUAGAGAUGUUACAGUGUGAAGACUCUACGAGGCCAGAAAUGGCAGUUAGAUCCUUGGAAGUUCUCUGUUUAGCAAAAGAUUUCUACUGGAAAUGCAUUUUGGAUUCAGGUGCUAUCCCCUCUCUAAUCAAUCUGUUGAAAGGCCACCAGAUCAAGCUGGCAUGUAUAACAUCAGGGGUGUUGAGUAAUAUUUCACCACACAUCACCAUUUCUAAAGCUUUAGUAGAAGCAGGAGGCAUUUCAGUAUUAAUUGAAUUGUUGGGUUCUGGUGAACCUGAACUGCAAUCUCGCUGUGCUGUUAUCCUAUACGAUAUUGCCCAGUUCGACAAUAAUCAAAAUAUCAUUACUGAGCUGGGUGGAAUCCCUCCUUUGAUAAAUCUUUUGAAAAUUAAAUUACAGGAUUUGUUAGUUAAUGUAAUAAAUUGUAUCCGGGUGUUAUGCAUCCAGAACAAACAGAAUCAAAGCACAGUGAAGGAACAUCAGGGUAUUCCAGCACUUGUUGAGUUUCUAACUUCACAAUCAGAUGUGCUACAGGCUGUAUCUUCAGCAGCUGUUGCAGAACUUGCUCGGGGGAAUGAGAAGAUGCAGGAUGCCAUUGCAAAUGCAGAUGCAAUUGGUCCUCUGGUUGAACUUCUCCGUGGAAGGAAAAUCACUGUGCAGGUGAAAGGUGCUAUGGCUAUAGAAGCACUAUCGGAUAACAACACUCAUAUACAGAAACAGUUUCUGGAAAAAUCAGCAACAAAAUAUCUUUUAAAGCUCUUGAAGGCAUUUCACUUGACAGUUAAGGAACAAGGUGCUACAACUUUGUGGGCACUGGCAGGACAAACUCUGAAGCAGCAAAAGCUUAUGGCAGAACAGAUUGGGUACAACUUUAUUAUUGAUAUGCUCUUGUCACCAUCUGAUAAAAUGCAGUAUGUUGGAGGUGAAGCAGUCAUAGCUCUUAGCAAAGAUAGUAAACUUCAUCAAAAUCAAAUAUGUGAAGGAAAUGGAAUUGGUCCUUUGGUUCGAUUGUUGAGAAGCACAAAGAUAGCAGAGGGCACGCUCCUGAGUGUCAUCCGAGCUCUGGGGACCAUUUGUAUUGGUGUGGCUCAUACAAACAAUCAAGUCAGCCAGGAAAACAUAGUGGACGAACAGGCCUUACCAAUACUGGUUCACCUGCUUAAAAAUCAUAAUUCUCUUCAGAUAAAGGUUGAAGUUGCAUAUUCCUUGGCUUGCAUUGUUUUAAGGAACAGUAAUUUACAGGCUGUGUUACAAGAGGAGGAAGGUUUCGAUUAUAGUGAUGUUCUUGAACUUCUUAAUGCACCUGAUAAGGAUAUUUGUUUACGAGCUGGAUACGCUUUAGCCCUUUUUGCAUACAACAAUCCUGUCCAACAGUUCCUGAUAUUGGAGACCGGCGCAAUUAUGAUGUCUACAUUUGAACCUUUUCUACGAUCAGAAAUUGAGACAGAUAAAGCAAUGGCUGCAUUUCAGAUUGUUGUUUUAGCCAGAGUCAUAGUGGAUGUGGACCAAGUUACUUUGUCUGCAAGAGGUGUUACUAUUUUAGUUGAACUGCUAAAGUCUGAAAAGACAGCUACUCUUGUUCUAACAGGGAAGUUAUUGGCUAGCCUGGCUCAUACAAGAGCAGGUGUUCCAGAAGCAAUUACUGAACUAGGAACUAUCAAACGUCUUUGUUAUCAUUUGUACUCAGAUAAAGAAGAGGUUCGUAUAGCCUCAGCUGGUGCUCUUGGAUACUUAACAUUUAACCGCACUGCUUAUCGCCAUCUAUUAGUGGAAUGCAGGAACAAACCCAAGCAGUUCACACGUCUAAUGAAUAACAUCAGCAGGGAUGCAAAAAUAAGCCAGGAUUUUGUAAAAGAAUUCCAAAGGCAAAGACAAGUGGGACUGCCUUCUUUAAGUUUGGUGAUAAAUGGAGGACCACCUGCAGUUCCAACCUAUACUAAAGAGAGAUCACGAAGUAGUAGUAGUAGAAGACAAUUCAAAGCUAAAUUUCAUCCAAAGGACUCUCUUCUUUUAAUGCCUAUAUCUGCUCACUUAAUGGGAAAACUCAGAACUACAGACAAACCCCGUAGCCGGACCACUGGGCUUCAAUCAUUUGCACAUGCAACUUCCGACAUCACAAAAGUGUCAAGACCAAGAAUUUUUAAUGUCAGCAAGCUCCAGCUUAAUUCACCAGGAAAGAAAGCUUGA